AUGCAAGAACUAGGAUUUGGUCUCAGCGUCACAGACAUCAAAGCUAAAUGUUACGCUUUAGCAGUCCAAGCAGGAAAAGAUCACCAGUUUAACGAUGCUAAACGUAAAGCUGGGCCUUAUUGGUGGUGGUCGUUUAAAGAACGGUACGGGCUUUCAUUGCGCACGCCAGAAAAGCUUGCAGCAUGCCGAGCUGUUACUGCUAACAGACAAAACAUUGAAGAUUUUUAUAAAAAGCUACUGGACGUCGUUAUUGAGCUGGAUAUUCUGCAAAAGCCUGAAAGGAUUUAUAACUGCGACGAAACCGGUGUAACGUUCGUCGUAAAACCGUCAAAAAUUGUCACUCAAACUGGAAAUAAGGUAAUUUACAGUAGAACUUUUGCAGAGAAAGGUGUCACACAAACGGUGCUUGGGUGCUGUAGUGCGAGCGGAGCGUCGCAUUUUUAA